UUACUAUCUCCCAGUCGAGCUUGAGACGCCUGUUUGCCCAGAAUUCCACGUCACAGUACAGGUUCCGGCCACUCCAGAUCAGCUAUUUCAGCGAGAUGAUACGCAGCAGCCUUGCCGUCAUAUGUGGCAUUGCCCUCGUGUUGUCAAUGGGCGUAAAAUCUGCCCGAGCAGACUACGCCGACGACUGCACCACACCGGAUGGCGAUCAGGGUCGUUGCAUGCCCCUCUACUCCUGCCGCAACAUCGAGGAGAGGCUCACAGAGGCUCAGAAAUCCGGUCAAAAGGUUCCGCCCGAUUAUGCCAGUUAUUUGCAAAAGGCCUCCUGCGGCGAGUUCAAUGGAGUGCGUCACUUCUGCUGUGCUUCCGCCCAGAUCCAGCACAACUCCAAGGUGAUGAGCAUAUUUAAGGAUGAAAACUUCGACUGUGGCAAUUUUCUCAGUCAACGUGUGGCCAAUGGCUAUGAGGUGAAGCUUUCCUCCAGACCAUGGAUGACCUUGCUACGUUACCAACAGUUUAAAGAGUCUCGUUUCCUUUGCGGCGGUGCCCUAAUUUCUGAUCGCUACAUUUUGACUGCCGCUCACUGCGUGCACGGACUCCAGAAUGAUCUCUAUGAGAUCCGCUUGGGUGAGCAUCGCAUCUCAACGGAUGAGGACUGCCGGCAGCAAGGUCGCAAAAAGAAGUGUGCCCCGCCGGUUGUGGAUGUGGGCAUUGAGAAGCACCUGAUACAUGAGAAGUACGACUCCCGUCACAUUAUGAACGACAUAGCUUUGCUGCGGCUGAAAGAGAGGGUUCCCUUUCAAAAACAUAUCAAACCUAUUUGCCUGCCCAUCACGGAUGAACUGAAAGAGAAGGCGGACCAGAUAAGUACCUAUUUCGUAACUGGAUGGGGUACCACGGAAAAUGGUUCCUCCUCCGAUGUCCUACUCCAGGCGAAUGUACCGCUGCAGCCACGAUCUGCAUGUUCCCAGGCCUACCGAAGAGCAGUGCCUCUCACCCAGCUCUGUGUAGGCGGUGGUGAUCUGCAAGAUUCCUGCAAGGGCGAUUCCGGUGGUCCACUCCAAGCUCCCGCCCAAUAUUUGGGAGAGUAUGCCCAAAAAAUGAUCGAGUUUGGAAUUGUAAGCCAAGGCGUGGUCAGCUGCGGUCAGGUUAGCUUGCCUGGUCUUUAUACGAAUGUUGGAGAGUAUGUCCAGUGGAUUACGGAUACAAUGGCCAGUAAUGGCCUGUAAAGAGAGUCAUCAACUGUUAGCAGCAUCUAGAGUGUAUCUUAGUAAUUAGAGCAACCCAAAAAUAUAUUAUAUACAUAUUUGUAAACAAAUGCAAAUGCGUUUUAAAUAAAAGAACAUCUUUCAAUAUUAAAAUGACGAUAAAUUUGAAGUUAAAGUUAAGAUAAACAUCAAGAGGAGGUUUUUCUUUGUGUUUUCAUCAUUUUAAUUCCUCGUCGAUGAAUCAUAAAUACUUGUAAAUCGUUGAAUAAAGAAUAUUAACUGAGCUUAUCGCAGACCGGCUAAUAACUUCACAA